GGUUUUACCACCUCCCGUUAUUCGGACGUAAAUAAAAACAUACCGAGCCCGACACUGGUGACAUAGAUAAACAACUUAAAAUGAUAGAAGUGUCUGGAUUUCUUCCGAGAGGAAAUGUCUAUUUGGCAGGAGAGACCGUGAAGUGCAUUGUCACCAUCACAAACCUCUCUAAACAAUCUCAGAACAAUGUAGAUUGCCUUGCAUGGGCCAGUGUACAGAUAAUUUGUCAGUGCUCGGUGAGUGACACAAGAAUUAAUCUACCCUGCACUAGGAAACUUUCAUCAGAUGAAAUAUCGCCAUCCUCAUCAGAGACUUCAUUUGUUCCCAACAAAGGAGAGCAAGGAAUGACUGUGCUGUCCACAAAACCCAGAAUUUUGUUUUGUGAUUUAAAGCUAAGGCCAGGCGAAACUAGAUCAUUUGCAUUUGAAGAUGUAAUUCCUGCUGAUGCCCCACCUUCAUACAAAGGACAGGCUAUAAAGUACUCAUAUAAACUGAUCAUCGGAGCUCAGAAGUUAGAUCACCCCACCAAAUUACUCAGACUGCCCUUCAGAGUCCUUCUGCUGCAUGGAAUGAAUGAUGUGAGUGUGUAUACAGAUGGGGAGGAGGUACAGCCCAGUAAUCCAUUCCUAAAACAGGAGCAGAGUGAGAACAACCUGUUAGACAUCGCCAUGCAGGUCCUAGCCACCAUUACUGCCAGGAAAGCACCACAUUUCUACAACAUUACAAAUGCCAAAGGAAAAGUGGCAAAGUUCAUAUUGUUUAAACAAGCUUAUAAACUGGGAGAGGAUAUAAUUGGUGUGUUUGAUUUCUCAGAGGGCACCGUUCCAUGUGUUCAGUUUUCAGUGACAUUACAAAGUGAGGAGCAGAUUGCCGAAGAAUGUCGACGUAAAGCCAGCCAUGGCUCAACUUAUACCUCAUAUGUAAAACAUCAAGAUAUGUGUCUACACACCCAAAAGACCCACAUUAACAUCCCCAUCCCACUCUCUGCUACACCCGGAUUUAUGACAGAUAUAGUUUGUCUGAGAUGGCGACUCCAUUUUGAAUUUGUGACAUCAUGUGACCCGAUUCCUGAACUUGAGAGACCUGAAAGGCCAGACAUGAGUGCUGUUUGGUCUGGACCCUCGAACUUAAAUGUGGAGACAAUGAUUUGGGACCUGCCAGUAAAAAUCUAUCCAACAAACCCAUUACAUGCCUGUAGUUCAACACAGCUAAAGACAAAUGUAUCAGUUACACUUUGAGUGAUAUUCAGGAUAAAUCUAAUGCUGCUUAGUUUGUAUAGUCAUUGUACAACAUUGGUGGAAGACUCAUUGAAAUCUCUAGCCUCUCUGUAAUGGCACUAGGAGUUUCAACCAUCAGCACAGAGGAACUUUGAAAUGUCAUGGUCUCCAGUUUCCUAGUACCUGAGGGAUGGUGCAAAAAACAAUAUAAAUGAAUGUAAUCUUCAAAAAAAAAAAUCCUUCAACUGUUACAGUACUAAAAUCUUCAACAAGUGGUAAUUUAGCUGAAAAUACACUUGUUAUUUAAUUGCUUUGAAUUUUUGUCCAAUACAUUUAUAUAAGUCAUCAUAGUUGACUUCUAAGAAUAGGGUUGUGAACCUAAAGCAUCAUACAAUUCAACUGUUCAUGCAUGUACCUCAGCUUAUCUUUAAGAAAUAUACUGUUGAACUUUGGUAUCUUGAAACUCAAUAUCUUGCAUUUGAGAUGCCAACCACUAUUUUGCUCACUGUAGGAUGCUAUACUUCUAGCAUCCAUGUUGGCUUCAGUGUUUAAGUUUUAGGAGCAUUUCCAUAUCCAUGUAACGACAUGUAUAAGUCCUUCCUGGACCAAACUUAUAUGGAUGAUGCCUCUAAGGAUACUCGACAUUUUUUGAGAUGUGGCCAAGGUAAAGUUUGUGGGGCAGGCCCAUUCCCAAGUAUUUGUGACCAUUAGCUGUACCUGGACUAUAACUGCCUUGUUGAUGAAUUUAGAGAUGGACACUAUCAGACUUGUUUCAGAUGCUGGACCUGCCCUAUAUUUUCCAGAUAAAUGAUCAGAAAAAAAAUUAAGGAUUUUGAGUUUUUUGAACAGGUCUAUUCCCAAGGAUUUAUAAGUCCUUCCUGUACCAAACAGAUUUCCAUAAUCGCAUUUUAAAUUUCUUAAUUUUAAUGAAUGAAGUUCUGUAUGGAGACACAUGUCGCCACAAUACAGAAGCCUUUAAGUCAGUAUCGUAUAAAAUGUUUUAUUUGCAUGAUGAAUUUGUAGGUAGGUGGGGCAUCUAAAUUGUUAGACAAAUACAUGAAAUUGCCAAUUAAAAAUAUACA